AACUGUAGUUCAAGAGAGAAUCAGAUUCCAUUCUUUAGACGAAGAUUAGUUUCCCUUAUUUUGCUGAAGAAAUUCAGAUUAUUCUAUUUGGAAUUGGAUCCUGAAAUUUAGUGAAAUGCUCAGUCUCUCACUAAACCUCCUCAGUCGUCACAUAGCGCACAGCUUAACGUUGACGCAGUGCGACCGAGUCAUCCAUGGCAACGUCAUCAGUGCCCGAGUCGUCCAUGGCGGAGUCCGAUUCCAGCUGUGUUGGCUCGGAUUACGCGGAGAUCAUAGUACUGCGUCACGGUGAAACGGCCUGGAACGCUGAUAGAAGAAUCCAGGGGCAACUGGAUGUUGAAUUAAAUGAUGCUGGGAGGCAGCAAGCAGCUCUAUUGGGUGAUAGGUUAUCCAAGGAGCCCAAGAUCUCCCUUAUAUAUUCUUCUGACUUAGCACGAGCUUAUGAAACUGCACAGAUAAUUGCAGCCAGGUGCGGCGGGCUAAAGGUUGUAACAGAUGUCGAUUUACGAGAAAGGCAUUUAGGGGAUCUUCAAGGCCUUGUAUUUCGUGACACUGCCAAACUUAAUCCUAAGGCUCACCAGGCCUUUGUAUCUCAUGAGACAUGCCAAGAGAUUCCAGGUGGUGGAGAAAGUCGCGAUCAACUUCGUCAACGUUGCACAUCUUCAUUGCAGAGAAUUGGCAAUAAGCACAGAGCAGGAGAGCGAGUAGUUGUGGUCAGUCAUGGAGCGGUUAUUGAAACACUCGACGAACAGGCUUCUCCGGAUGGCAGGUCCGUCAGAUAUGUACUCAAUGCAUCCGUCAACGUAUUUCACGUAUAUGAUGACGGCAAAUGGACCAUAAAAUCCUGGGGUGAUGUUAGUCACCUCAACCAAACAGGUUAUCUGCAAUCAGAUUUCGGCAGGUACGAAAAAUCUGGUUAGCUCGUGCUUAGGAUGCUCUCGUAAUCUGUAGUAAUCCAUAGAAUGAUGGAAUUGACUAAUCACUGUUCAUUCAGAAUUUCAUUCAAUAUGUAUGGCCUAGAUCGGCUGAUGCCGAAAUUUAUUUCAUUAUCUCAUUAAGGAUUAAGGAGUGAAAAUGCAAGUGAGGCCACCCAAAAUCAAGAGCUGAAUUUCAGAUUUUGGAGGAAUUGGACUAUUGGGUGGGAGGGUAUUCUAAUUCCUAGUGAACUAACCCAUCAUGAAUCUAUUUUUUUUACCCAAUAUAUCCUCACACCAAUUUGAAAAUUCUAAAUUUGUCAUCCACUUUAAUCCAACAAGAAGUGCAUUUUAGUAAUCAAACUAGUUUUAAUUUCGAUUCAUGUUAAUUUAUUUUAGUAAACAACUUUAAAGGAAUCAAUAUCAUUCCUACCCCGAUUCCAGAUAGUUUAGUAAACAAUUUCAAUGAAAAUAUGGAUUCUGACUCUUCAAUUCAACUCCUCA